AUGGAGGAGAGCCGGAAGAAGAAGAGGAAGAAGAUUGAAGAAGAGGAAGCGGUGGAGAAAUCGAGCAGUGAUGAAGCCGUGGAUGAGAAGAAAUCGAAGAAAUCGAAGAAGGUAAAAAAGGCCAAGACGAAGGAGGAGGACAAGAAGGAGAAGAAGGAGAAGAAGGAGAAGAAGGAGAAGAAGGAGAAAAAGAGCAAGAAGGACAAGAAGAAAGAUAAAAAGGACAAGAAGGAUAAGAAGAAAAAGAAAACGAAGAAGAGGGAGCCAUCAUCUGAUGAAGGAGACAGCAACGGUACCGAAGAGAAGCAGGCCGCGCGAGCCAAGAAGCGAAGGAAGCGCGAAGCGGACGUGGCCCAGCUCGAGUCCGAAGCGGCCGCCACCAUGGCCGAAGCCGUGGCCGAAGCUGCCAAGCCCGACCCCAGCGCUACGAACGCUGCCGCAGCGGCCGGCGACUCAGCCGCGGCGGAGGCCGGUGCCGAGCAGCCAGCGGUGAAGACCUACCCGCCGCCCCCGCCGGGCAACGUCACCCUUCUGCUGUUCUACCAGUACGUGCGACCGAGCUGGACUCCGUCCGCCGCGCGCAACGCCGAGAACUAUGCACGCGACAGCCUCACCCACCACGGCUGCACCGGCCGCCUACGAUGCGCCCGGGAGGGUUUCAACGGCACGCUGACGGGCAGCGCGGAGGGCAUCCGCGGCUUCUGCCAGGACCUGCGUGACUACGACCACGAGAAGUUCGGCGCGACGGACUUCAAGAUCGUGGACGGACUGCGCGACAACCAGCGCCUCAAGGGGCUCAAGGUGUGGCACGUGGAGGAGCUGGUGACCUACGGCUUCGGCGCCGCCACGGCGACGCGGGGCGUGGCGCCCCUGGAAGCCGGCGGCACGCACCUGCCCCCGGAGGAGUGGCACGCCAAGGCCGCCGAGCCCGACACGGUGCUGAUCGACGUGCGCAACGCCAACGAGAACGCCAUCGGGCGCUUCCAGCCGCUGGGCGACGCGUCGCGCGUGCUCGACCCCAACAUGCGCACCAGCACCGAGUUCCCGGCGUGGGUGGACGAGGCCUUCCCCAAGCUGCAGGCCGCCAAGAAGGUGCUGAUGUACUGCACGGGCGGCAUCCGGUGCGAGCGGGCCAGCGCGCUGCUGGUCCAGAAGGGCCUCGACGCCUCCAAGGUGUUCCAGCUCGAGGGCGGCAUCCAUCGGUACCUCGAGGCCUUUCCCACGGGCGGCCACUGGAUCGGCAAGAACUACACCUUCGACCGCCGCUUCGCGCACGGACCGGUACCCGUGGGCCGCUGCUGCCUGUGCACGGCGCCCUGGGAGCGGUACCAGGCCCACAAGAAGUGUGUCGUGUGCCGCAUGGAGGUGCUCCUGUGCCGCGAGUGCGAGCGCAGCGGCAAGUACAAGGGACAGACCCUCAAGUGCCACCUGUGCGGCGGACCCAAGCCCAGCUACCUGCCCGACGAUGACGCCGCCACCACCACCUUCAAGCCCAAGAACAGGGGCCACAGCUCCUUUGAGGCGGAGGGCGACUACUGA